AUGGACUACGUCAGCAAAGCUCUUGGCCAGCACCAAGUCCAACUGGUUGAGGAAGCGAUUCCAACUUUAUCAAAUCGACUCCAACACGCCAAUCUCUCCAGUGACCGACGCUCUGCCGUGCUUGGACUCCGGUCAUUCUCUCGCCAAUAUCGUGAAAGUGUCGUUGAAUAUGGGCUUCGUCCAUUGAUUUCAACGCUCAAGAAGGACUUAUCAAACCCAGAAAUCGUCAAAGCAAUCUUGGAAACAUUAUUGAUUUUGUUUAUUAGAGGGCAGGAACAAGAUGAAGAAGUAGCACGAGGAUGGAUCUCACAACAGCUGAGAAUCCAGAAUGGCAAGUACCAAUCACCUUUGCUCAUGGACGAAUUGUCUAUGGACCAAUUGCUGAUCUGGAUUGCCGAUGAAUUGACCCAGGAUAUAGAAGUGCUCGAAUUAUUAUUGCAGAACUUGGACGGAGAAAGUGAUUACCAUAUUAAGUUGUACACGUUGCAAUUGUUAGAAUCGUUAGUGGCCACUCGUGGUACCAAAGUCAAGGAGAACCUACUUAAUACACCUACUGCAAUGUCAACAAUUUGUGCUUUGCUCAGUGACGUCAAUGAACAAGUUCGUAACGAAGUGAUUCUCCUUCUUAUGGCCAUUGUCAAUGAUAACUUCAACAUUCAAAAACUAGUUGCAUUUGAAAACACUUUUGACCGGUUAUUUGAAAUUAUAGAUGAAGAAGGAGGAAUUAGAGGAUCAAUACUUGUCCAAGACUGUCUUACCCUUAUAACUAACCUCCUUCAAUUCAAUGCCCUGAAUCAGAAAUUCUUUAUGGAAACUCAGUGUGUACCUCGAUUAGCCCAACUUUUGGCUGAACCCAUUGACGAACAACAAAAUGAAACAUUAUAUCCCGAUAACGGAUUCCCAUUUGUUACACCACCCAUCAUCUGGACAGAACAACGAAUCCAAAACAUGAUCAUUGCGUUAGAAAUCUGUCGUCUUUUAGUGAAUGAAGACAAUGAACUUAGAACUAGCAACCAAGACAUUCUUUAUUCGUCGGGAAUCCAUUAUAUCGUCCUCAAGUUGGUGUUUUCUCCUAUUACCGACAAUGCAGUUAGGCUGGUUGCUUUAUUAACUGCAGCCGAUGCCAUUUCCGGAAAUGCCAAUAUCCAAUUUGCAUUCUCGCAAAUUGACGUUCCAUACAUCGAUCCAAGUUUGCCCACCACCUUGCAAACCUAUACCCUGACGAUCCCAGUCCCCAUAGCAUUACUCAAUUGGUGUUUGUUUAUUAACUCCGUGCACGCAUUUGAUAUUAGAGUGGGGUCAUUAACUUGUUUAAAAGCAUACUUCAACGAAAAUGAAGAAGCCAAACAGGCAUUUUUACAGGAUCAAAUCAAGGCAUAUUCCGACAGUCUGUAUUUUGAAAACAUUCAACAAGAAAAACAAAAGCAACAAGAAGAAGGACAACAAGUUAAGCCGGUAGUAGAUUCCCAUGCCGUGGCCACUCCAUUUGGGAACUUAUUUACGACGUUAAUGGAUUACGAUGCCGACAUCAAUCUCAACCCCUACCGUAUCUGGUUUUCCUCGCUCAUCCUCAUGAAUCUUCUUGAUACUAAUCGACAAUUUGCCCGUUCUGUACAUACUGGUACACUCGAUACUGAAGAAGAAGUGAUGACUUCUAUUGCUGCUAUGGCCAGUUUGUUAAUUACUCAUUUGGAACGGGGAUCAGAUCAACGUAUUGCCAUGGGAUACAUCCAGCUUUUGACAUAUUGGAUGUAUGAAGAUUUUGAUGCCGUGAAUGAUUUUGUAAGUGAUCAAUCAGUGGUAACUUCCUUGCUCUCAUGGUUGGCGGACCACACCACUGAGCUGAAUGUUUUGAUUAGUGGCAUGGCUACUAUAUUAUUAGGUGUAGCAUAUGAGUUCUCAUCCAAGGAUUCACCAACUUCGAGAGAAAGCUUGCAUUCUCUUAUGGUUAAGAGUUUGGGACGGGACAACUACGCCUUGAAAGUGAAGCAAUUUAGAUUGAACCCUGCGUUUAAGGAUUGUGAUGAUUUACUGAUGUUCACCGAUGUCAAAGACGAACAAGGACUUCCUAAAGUAUAUUUCGAUAUGAGUUAUGUGCAAUUAAUCAAGGAAAACUUCCCUAGAAUUAAACGAGCCUUGUGGCAUGAUCCAAUUGGCGAACCCCGUGGUAAGAUCACCUAUGAAGAGUUUGAAGAGUUGGAUACACAAGUGACUGAACUUUUGAAGGAGCUCAAUGAUGAAAAGAGACGUGCUGGUGCUCAUGAAACCGAACUCAAUUCCAAGAUUGAGGAAUUAACCCAAGCUAGUACUGAUUUACGUGAGAAGUUGGAACACUCAGAACGAGAAUUGACCAUUGUGAAAGAGGAACAGGGUUCUGUUAACAAGAACUUGAAUCAUACCCUUGAGAAAUUGAAUGCUAUGGAAAUAUCCAAGCGGGAAUUUGAAACUUCAUCAGCUCGCUACUUCCAAGAACUUCAUGAAGCCCGUCGUAAGUUGGCCACUUCCGAUGAAACGAUCCGUCAAAUUCAAGAGAAGUUAGAUACGUCCGAACAAGCACGCAAGAAAUUGGAAGAUGGGAUUAAUAAAAUGACGCGAGAUUUAUUCUCGCUCCAAAAGCAACGUGAUGAAGCUGACUCUAAACUGAAGCAGUACGAACGCGACAUCAAGAAACUCAAUGACACUUUAACGAAAUCAAAACUGACUUCUGAUUCCCAAAUUGAGAAACUUCAAACGGAAAAUAAGGAGUACCAAUCAAGAUUAGACCGAUUGAAUGCCCAGGUUUCCAGUUUGAGCAGAGGACAAGAAGGUGCUACAAGGGAGUUGGAAGAGAAGUUGUACGAAUCAGAAGCUACCAACGCUCAUUUGAUGGAUAAAUUAAGAUCAGCCAGUGUUGCAUUCCUGGAUUUGAAACAGGCUCAGGAAACCGCGCAAGCAGAGUGUGAAUUGGUCAAGAGUGAGUUGGAUAUGAAGAUCAAGGAAAUCGAGGAAUUGAAUAAGAAAUUGGAAGGUGGGGACAAUACACAAGAGCUUUCGCAAUUGCGUAAUGAACUUGAACAACUUAAGUCGAAUGGAUCAGCAAGUGAUGAAGUCAAGUUGUUGCAUUUGGAAAUUGAACGGAAGAAUGAAGAAAUUGAGUUUGUUAAAGAAGAUCUCGAGCUUACGAUUGAUCUUCUCAAGACAAAGAACAAGAAUCUUCAAGAAAAGCUUGAUCUGACGGUGUCUACCGCCCCUGACAACAACGACAGCGAAGAGCUCAGUCAACAGCUCCAUGAUGCAUUAAAGAAAUUUGACGAUAUUCGCAAGAUUCGUGAUUAUGAAAAGUCGAAAUUCGAAGUUAAGCUUGCAGAAAUACAAGCUGAUAAUGACGAUCAUGCCUCAUUGGUGUCCACUGUUGAACAGUCUACUAUACGCAUUGCUGAAUUGGAAAUGGAACUUGCCCAGGCCGACGAUAAUUUCCAGCUUUUACUCCAGGAAAUUCAAGCACUCAAGAAAGAAAAAGUAUCCAUUGAAGAAAGCUUGGUUGCUCGUGAAGAAGUGAUCUCGCAGAAGGCGGCCGAUAUGGAAAUCAAACAAAGUGAAAUUAGUGAAUUAAAUUCCAAGAUUGAGGAUUUAACUCUUGAAUCAGAAAUGGCGGAAAAGUUAAAGCUAGCUCAAGAUGAGAUUGACGAGUUGAAUGGUAAGUUGGCCGAUAGUGGUUCUGGACAUGACGAUGAUCUUAUCCUUCAAUUGAAAUUAACUAUUUCUGAACUUGAAGAGGAAGUUUCUAGACUUGAACUGGUCAUUGCAAGUGGAACUGAGGUUAAUGAUAACUUCGAAGUAGACAAGUUAAACGAAGAAUCCACUGCUGAAUUAACCAAAACUCAAUCUGAGUUAGUCGCUUUGCAAACGAAGCUAGAAACCCAACAAGACGAAAUCUCCAAGUUGAAAGAAGAGUUGGAAAGCAAAACUACUGAUGCAGAAAUGCAAAAAUCUAUUCUUAAUGAAAGUUCCCAUGAUCUUAUCCAAGAAUACUCAGACAAGAUAAAGGAAUUGGAAGAUACAAUCAGUGCCAAUAAUGAAUCGCAUACUCAAAUGGCGGCUGAGUUUAGCGAGGACAAGACUAAGCUAGUUGAUGAGAUUGCCAAGUUGACGAUCGAAUAUAAUGAACUUAAGGAGGAGAUUGCUCAUGGUGAUGUCAAGAAAGAUGUUGCUGAAAAAGAAUCUGAGUUGGAAUCUGUGCAAAUUGAAAUUGAAUUGUUGAGAAGAGAACAUGCUACCAAGAUUGAACAAAUAGAGAAUAUUUCUACCGAGUUGGAUAUUGCCAAGAAAGAACUUUCUAAUGCCAAGAAUGAGAUUGAAGAGUUGACUGCUAAUGGUGAACAAUAUAAACAUGAACAGGUUGACAAGUUGCAAGAAUUACUUAAGGAAAGAGAUGAGGAGUUGCGUGUAACCCUUGAAAAGUACAAUGAUAUAAGCGACAUUCUUUCACAAUCAAAGUCAAAUGAAAAGGACCUACAAUCCAUUCUGUUAAAGGAAGAACUCGAAGCUGUUUCCCAAGAAAAGGAUAGACUCGAACAAUUAUUGCAAUCAAGGGCAGUGGAAUUGGAAAAAUGUAAUGCAAGAGCAAUCGAAUUGACCAUGAGUAAAGAAGAUCUUGUGUUUGAUCAUGAGGAAUCAGUUGAGAAAUUGAAAGCAGAAAUUUAUGAGUUGAAGAGAGUGGUUGAUGGAGAAGUUUCCUUUGAUGCCGUGUUACGUGAAAGUGUUAAACAACUUGAGCAGGAGUUGAAUGAGUGUAAUUUGAAGGUUGCUAAUUUAACUAGCGAAAGAGACGAAAUGCAAACUAGAUUAAAUGGAAUAAAGGAAGUAUCUUCUGAACCUGAUCAGGAGCUUGUUGAAGCCAAAGAACAACUCGAGCAAGAACUUAUUGAAACCAAAGCACAUCUUGAAAAGAGUGAAGCAUUGAUUAAAGAAAAGGAAGCACUUGUCUCUCAAGUAGAAGAGGAUGCCACUGAAAAACUUCAACUUCGUCAAUCAUUAGAAGAACUGCGUGAAGUCAACGCCAAGAUUGCUGAACAAUUGCAGGCAUUGGAAGAGGAAUGCCAGGCCAAACAAACAACGUAUGAGUCUGAGAUUAAACAAUUAAAGUCCAAGCUUAAACAUAGUGUUGCACAAUCUGAACUAGAUGAACUUAUGUUGAUAAUGGCUGAUUUGGAUGAAAGUAAACAAAAGUAUAAACAGGAAUUAAAAAAAUUAGGACAAGAAGUAUCAAGCGAUGAAGAGGAUUACGAGGACGAACUUCUUUAG